CUCACUGUGGGAAGCUAUAAAAAGCAAAGAGGGAGGGGGAGAGAGCAGAGAGAGCGAGCGGGAGCCCGCGGCGAGCGUAGCGCAAGUCCGCUCGCCUGGCGUCGCUGCGCUGGCAGCGGUUUUCUGUCUCUUGUGAGUCAAGGGACUACGCUUCGGGGCAACUGUGAGUGCGCGUGUGGGGGACCUCGGUUCUCUUCAGAUCUCGAGGAUUCGAUCCGGGGACAUCUCCUGAUCCCCUACUAUAGCGCCUGCUAACUUUGAAAAGGAGCAUUGUGUCCUGCAAAGUUUGACACAUAAAGGAUAGGAAAAGAGAGGAGAGAAAAGCAACUGAGUCCGAAGGAGAAGGAACUGGUGCGGGCCUCCUGAUCAAUUAAAAGGAGAAUUAAACCGCCGAGAUCCCGGCGGGACCAGGGAGGUGCGGGGCAAGAAGCAACCGAAGCGGUGCGAUCCACAGGGCUGGCUUUUCUUGCACCUUGGGUCACGCCUCCUUGGCGACAAAGCGCCUAGCCUUUGAUUGCUUCCAGUUAUUGCAGAACUUCCUGCCCUGGUGGAGAAGCUGGUCUCGCUUGGGUUCCGCUAAUUUCUGUCCUGAGGCGUGAGACUGAGUUCACAGGGUCCUGGGUCCCCGAACCAGGAACGGUUGAGGGAACACAAUCUGCAAGCCCCCGCGACCCAAGUGAGGGGCCCCGUGUUGGGGUCCUGCCUCCCCUUGCAUUCCCACCCCUUCGGGCUUUGAGUCUUCCUGGGGAACCCUUCGCCUGGAGAUGGCCGCGUUGAUGCGGUGCAAGGAUUCGUCCCGCUGCCUGCUCCUACUGGCCGCGGUGCUGAUGGUGGAGAGCUCACAGAUCGGCAGUUCGCGGGCCAAACUCAACUCCAUCAAGUCCUCUCUGGGCGGGGAGACGCCUGCUCAGGCCUCCAAUCGAUCUGCGGGCAUAUACCAAGGACUGGCAUUCGGCGGCAGUAAGAAGGGCAAAAACCUGGGGCAGGCCUAUCCUUGUAGCAGUGAUAAGGAGUGUGAAGUUGGGAGGUAUUGCCACAGUCCCCACCAAGGAUCAUCAGCCUGCAUGGUGUGUCGGAGAAAAAAGAAGCGCUGCCACCGAGAUGGCAUGUGCUGCCCCGGUACCCGCUGCAAUAACGGUAUCUGUAUCCCAGUUACUGAAAGCAUCUUAACCCCUCACAUCCCAGCUCUGGAUGGCACUCGGCACAGAGAUCGAAACCACGGUCAUUACUCAAACCAUGACUUGGGAUGGCAGAAUCUAGGAAGACCACACACUAAGAUGUCACAUAUAAAAGGGCAUGAAGGAGACCCCUGCCUACGAUCAUCAGACUGCAUCGAAGGGUUUUGCUGUGCUCGUCAUUUCUGGACCAAAAUCUGCAAACCGGUACUCCAUCAGGGGGAAGUCUGUACCAAACAACGCAAGAAGGGCUCCCAUGGGCUGGAAAUUUUCCAGCGGUGCGACUGUGCGAAGGGCCUGUCUUGCAAAGUAUGGAAAGACGCCACCUACUCCUCCAAAGCCAGACUCCAUGUGUGUCAGAAAAUUUGAUCACCAUUGAGGAACAUCAUCAAUUGCAGACUGUGAAUUUGUGUAUUUAAUGCAUUAUAGCAUGGUGGAAAAUAAGGUUCAGAUGCAGAAGAAUGGCUAAAAUAAGAAAUGUGAUAAGAAUGCAGAUCACAAAAAGAGAGAAAGAAAACAUGGACUGAAUAGAUUAGAAUGGGUGACAAAUGCAGUGCAGCCAGUGUUUCCAUUAUGCAACUUGUCUCUGUAAAUAAUGUACACAUUUGUGGAAAAUGCUAUUAUUAAGAGAAAAAGCACACAGUGGAAAUUACUGACGAGUAGCAUGUGACUUUCCAAGAGUUUAGGUUGUGCUGGAGGAGAGGCUUCCUUCAGAUUGCUGAUUGCUUAUACAAAUAACCUACAUGCCAGAUUUCUAUUCAAAGUUAGAGUUUAACAAAAUACUCCUAGAAUAACUUGUUAUACAAUAGGUUCUAAAAAUAAAAUUGCUAAACAAGAAAUGAAAACAUGGAGCAUAGUUAAUUUACAACAGAAAAUUAUCUUUUAAUUUGUAACACUACUUCUGCUGUUCAAUCAAGAGUCUUGGUAGACAAGAAAAAAAUCAGUCAAUAUUUCCAAAUAAUUGCAAAAUAAUCGCCAGUUGUUUAUGAAGGCCUUUAGGAAGACAAAUAAAUAAUAAACAGCCACAAAAACAUUUUUUCAAAAUUUUAGUUUUACCUGUAAUUAAUAAGAACUGAUAUAAGACAAAAACAAUUCCUUCAGAUUCUGUGGAAUGACAGUAUAUCUCUCUAUCCUAUGUGAUUCCUAUUCUGAAUGCAUUUUAGUUUCCAAACUAUACCCAUAAAUUGUGACUAGUAAAAUACUUGCACAGAGCAGAAUUUUCAUAGAUGGCAAAAAAAAUUAAAGAUGUCCAAGAUAUGUGGGAAACCAGCUAACAGAGAGAUCAAUAUUUCUUAAAGAUUUGCCAUAACCUAUGUUUUGAUAGAACUAGAUUGUUAAAUACACAUAUUCAUACACACUCUGUGGUAAUAGAGAGUUGAGCUGGAUCUGUACUGCACUGGAGCAAGCAAGAAAAUUGGGAAAACUUUUUCGUUUGUUCAGGUUUUGGCAACACAUAGUUCAUAUGUCUGAGGCACAAGUUGACUAUUCAUCUUUGAAACCAGGGGAUGCACAGUCUCAGUGAAGAGCUGCAUGGGAUUUGCUAUCACAAUAUUUACUACACAAAUGAAUUCAGUGUGAGGUCAUGUGUCCAUACUACCCUCAAAUUAUUUAUUUUAUAGUGCUGAGAUCCUCAAAUAAUCUCAAUUUCAGGAGGUUUCACAAAUGGACUCCUGAAGUAGACAGAGUAGUGAGGUUCCAUUGCCCUCUAUAAGCUUCUGACUAGCCAAUGGCAUCAUCCAAUUUUCUUCCCAAACCUCUGCAGCAUCUGCUUUAUUGCCAAAGGGCUAGUUUCUGUUUUCUGCAGCCAUUGCAGUUAAAAAAUAUAAGUAAGAUAACUUGUAAAAUCUGCAUAUUGCUAAUCUCUAGACACCACAGUUUCUAAAUUCUUUGAAACCACUUUACUACUUUUUUUUUUUACUUAACUCAGUUCUAAAUAUUUUGUCUAGAGCACAAUAGAAUAAAAGGUUAUCUUAUAGUCGUGACUUUAAUCUUUUGUAGACCACAAUUCACUUUUUAGUUUUCUUUUACUUAAAUCCCAUCUGCAGUCUCAAAUUUAAGUCCUCCCAGUAGAAAUUCAGUUUGAGCCUGUAUAUCUAUUAAAAAUUUCAGCUUCCCACAUAUAUUUACUAAGAUGAUUAAGAUUUACAUUUUCUGCACAGUUCUGCAAAAACAAAAAUUAUAAACUAGUCUAUCCAAGAACCAAAGUUUGUAUAAACAGGUUGCUAUAAGCUUGGUGAAAUGAAAAUGGAACAUUUCAGUCAAACAUUUCCUAUAUAACAAUUAUUAUAUUUGCAAUUUGGUUUCUACAAUAUUUUUCUUAUGUUCACCCUUUUAAAAAUUAUUAUUUGAAGUAAUUUAUUUACAGGAAAUGUUAAUGAGAUGUAUUUUCUUAUAGAGAUAUUUCUUACAGAAAGCUUUGUAGCAGAAUAUAUUUGCAGCUGUUGACUUUGUAAUUUAGGAAAAAUGUAUAAUAAGAUAAAAUAUAUUAAAUUUUUCUCCUCUAAAAACUGAA